CCAGCACCUGAUAUUUUUAAACCACCUUGAUUUUAUGAGACGGUGUAAACCGUAUCUGGAAGUCUGUCAAAAUUUACGAUUGAUCCAGCUAUGUUUCAAUAGGUAAAUACAUUCACAAAUCCAAGCUUUGAGCGUAUGUGUGGUGUGAUAUGGUCUUGUGACCAGAGCAAUCUAAAAUUUUGCUACUCGUGAAUUUUAUUUGCGUGUGUACGGUUCGCUUUUAUAAAUUAAGGUUUUAAUAAUUUUUCGAGAGAAAUCUGCAGUUCGCACGAUGUCAUCCAAGGAUAGGAUUCCAAUUUUCCCAUCUCGCGGCGCACAAAUGCAAAUGAAAGCUCGUCUUGCAGGCGCUCACAAGGGCCACGGACUGCUAAAAAAAAAGGCUGAUGCUCUACAGAUGCGUUUCCGAAUGAUUUUAAGCAAGAUAAUCGAGACUAAAACACUUAUGGGUGAAGUUAUGAAAGAAGCCGCUUUCUCUCUGGCAGAAGCAAAAUUUGCCUCUGGCGAUUUUAACCAGGUUGUUCUGCAGAAUGUUACCAAAGCGCAAAUUAAGAUACGAACUAAGAAGGAUAACGUUGCUGGAGUAACUCUACCAGUUUUUGAAUCCUACCAAGAUGGCUCGGACACAUACGAAUUGACUGGAUUAGCAAAGGGUGGCCAACAACUUCAGAAAUUAAAAAAGAAUUACCAGAGUGCUGUAAAAUUGUUGGUAGAACUGGCAUCGCUUCAAACAUCUUUCGUUACUUUAGAUGAGGUGAUUAAAAUCACUAAUCGUCGAGUAAAUGCUAUUGAACAUGUGAUUAUUCCAAGAAUUGAUCGUACUUUGGCUUACAUCAUCUCCGAGCUAGACGAAUUGGAACGUGAGGAAUUUUACCGUUUGAAGAAAAUUCAGGACAAAAAACGUAUUGCGAAGAAAAAAGCUGAGGAGAAGAGAGCAGCACUGUUACAAGAAGGUGUAGAUGUACGCAGUCAAGCCAACAUUCUUGACGAAGGCGAUGAUGAUAUCCUGUUUUAGAACAAUAACACCGCCAUUCCAGCAUCAAUAUGAUUUCGACUACAAGCCUCUUAAAGUUGAUUGCGAACUGCUGGUUCAUUUACAGAUAUAUUGGUGCAAAUCCCUUUGGAAUUAUUACAUGUUUCCAAUAUCUAUCUAGAUAUGAUUUUUCUGCAUGCGUUUGCGAUUGUAUUAGUGACGGUAGGGAUUUAAUCAAUGGAUUGCGAUUGAGAAGUGGGACAUAAUAAAUGCGCAAGAUUCAACCUAGUUACACAUAUGCUUCCACAACUCGAUAAUCGUUCAAUUGCACAUGUUAUAGUCUUAAAUAAAAAGGAUAAAAUGGAUGUGAUUAAAA